UUUUUAUACCAGUAGCGCCACGAUUAAGUGACGAUACCAAAAACUAUCUGAAAUGCAGCCAAUUGCGAUUGCUGAUUUGAAAACGAGCGAUCUCUGUGUGUGAUAACAUCUUUUAUAUUCUAAUACUGCAAUAAAGAGGUUAGAAUGCAUAAAGUGAUCAGAUGAGAAAAAUCUGUAAUUGUCAAUGCAUUAAUGCCAGUAUCUGAAUAUAACAUUUUGUAUCUUUGAUUUGUUCAAUUUUGCCAAGAGUAUACUUCUUCGGAAAACCUAAAAGUAAUACUAUUUUUGUACUAACAUUUUCUUUAUAAACAUUUGGAACAUUUGUAUGUCAGAUUGCAUCAAAAUACCCGAAAAUCGCCAAAGAUUUCUUUUUUCUGUGGAAGAUUUUCUGUGAGUCUGCUACAAUUAUGGCAGUUACAUAUCCCCGUAGUAUCAGUGAAUAUUACCGAAACUUGUUACAACAGUUUGCAAAUCGCUGUCAAACAUCAAACGGAGAUAUCUCAGACCCGGACUGGAUCCUGUAUCUGCCUAAAGAAGAGAACAAUGAAUCUUCUAAAAAGGACAAACGAAAGUUACGGAAACGUAUACACCUUGUGCCGGGAGUACCACACAUACGGGCUUCCGAGAUAUUCGAAAUCGGAUACGUCGCAGGCACGGAGAACCGAUAUCUCGAACUGAUUUCUGCGGAAUGGCACAACACAAAAGUGACGCUAAAAAGACACGUUUAUCCACCAUGUCGGGAUGCAAUAAAAGUAGAUGUGGAAAUUCUUAGCGAAAUUCGACAUCCGAAUAUACUGUUGUUAAUGGCCACAACGCAUAUGAAUGAGCACGGUCUCGUCUCUAUUUUUGAACCUGUCGAUUGCACAUUGUAUAAUUAUAUACACGAGCAAGGAGAACGGAUAAAUAUACAAAGAAUUAUGCAAAUUGGUAUAAAAUUAGCGGACGCAUUAAAAUACUGUCACAUGCGUGGAUACAUUCACGGAGCGAUCAGUUCGCAUUGCGUUUAUUUUGCAUCCGAUACAACUAUCAAGCUUGGUGGAUGGGAAUUGGCCAGACAAAUUGAAAACAUUUCUGUAGAACAUGAUUAUGAAAAGUACUUGCGACUGGAGACCUUCAAGUGGCAAGCACCGGAAAUGUCCUAUGGACAAAAUCCUAGCAAGAAAACCGAUGUUUAUUGCUUACUAUUGUUACUUUGGGAAAUGUGUACAGGAAAUAUACCAUGGUGUGGAUUCGAUCAGUCAAAUGUAAAACGGCGAUACGCAAUGCGAAAACGCGAUGUCGUUGUAAAUUUGCAAAAUGUCCCAUCAAUUCUCCAUAAUUUAUUAGAGGCUGGAUUACAACCUGACGAGGCGAAAAGAACAUUAGACAUGGAAAAAAUAGGAAAGAAACUUCAUAGACUGCUGAUGAUAUACGAAGAGACAGAAGAAAAAGAUGGCACAUGUGCUAUAAAUGAGUGCGGAAACAAUAAUAAUGAUCCUUUAUACAAUGACACAUUAAGCAGAAAAGUACCUCCUGCGUUAACUGUAGGAAAUAAAAAAUUCAUUAAAAACGACCAAUCAAUUCGUACUGUGAUAGAAAGAAGAUCGCCCGAUCAAUUUUUCAAGUCUAAACAAGUGGAACAAUGUAAUGGAGAGUUGAAGUCCAAAAAUGAUACAAAAAAUAUUAGUGCGUCUACAUUCAAUAAUAGUAUUGUGAGUCCAGUGACCAAAGUAGAAAUUGUUACUCCCUGCACACGUUGUGCGGAGAUUUCAAAUAUAGUGCAAAAUAUCGACGACGAAAGUGAUGCACGAACCAAUAUAAGACGAUUGAAAGAAUUAAUAGCUAGUAAGAGGGAAAACUUCUUCUUAGGGAUUGAUGAUUCUACAUUCUCUUCGUUCCCAGCUACAAGUCCGAAAGCUACAAGCACAUUAUUGUCGCAAACGAACAGUCCCGAUUAUGUGCUAUGUAAACCAGCUAGUCAUACUAUUACUAUGGAGCCUAAAUUCAAAUCACUGAGUGAAUAUGGGGCUAUCCGAUAUAAAUCAUCGUAUGCUCAGCCACGAAAGGCACCGUACACGAGUAUGCCUGAGAGCAUUAAACAUGCAAUAAUACAACCUAAAGUUUUGCAUUCCGAUGCUAAAAGUUUUUAUGAAUCAACAUUAUGGAGAAAAGAAAAAGAAAUUUGCAUAUCUCGAAUGGGACGUGACAAUAAAGAAUAUAAAAAAAGUUUACCACUGUCGCAAUCAAUUAAUGACGUCACUCCUGUCAUUAAUAAUGAUAAAAUACAAUAUUCCAAGAAUAGUUCAACAGAUACUAAUAAUACAUAUACUAUUAAAGCUACAAAUGGUAAAAUUUAUACUGAAGAUACCAAAGAAUCAUCACCAAAAAACGUGAGAAGUAUUCCUGUGUCCAUAAACGUUUCAACUUCUCCGCAUAAAUCGAUACAAGAUCUGAAAAACGCUCUCGAUCGUGCCACGAAGAUAAUACACUCGACAACACCUUCCAAAAGUUGUCAUUCCAACUUGAAUGAUAUACAAGAACGCGAAAACCUGUAUGAAAUGAAAUAUGACGAAGAAGAAAUCAAAGUUAUCGAAAACGGAAUGUCUGAUAAUGAAAAUUUUCUGGGAAUAAAUCGAUUUGCAAGUACAGAAAAUAAUGAAGUUGUAGAGCAUGAUGAAAUUUUCAAUCAAGCUUUCAUUAAUAACAAAACACUCGGUUCCGCGAUUACAAGAUCAUCAAGUGAAUCUGGAAUAUCAACGCGGGAUCAACAACCAACAAAUUCGCAAGAAAUAAAUAAAAAUAAAACUGCUUUUUCAAAUGAAUGUAUGUUUUCGCAAGAAAGAAUAGAUUUGAAAUCAAAUGAGAAGGAAUAUGUUAAUAUAAAUGCUAUCUCUAAGAAUAUUGGAAUAAACGAUGAACUGAAAAGACGUUCUUUACCAGCAAGGCUGAAUAAUUUGGGUAUACCGUUUAGUCCAGCAAAGAUUACUCAUAAAAAAAAUGCGCAAGACAGCCAGUAUACAAUCGAGGAGCUAUAUAUCGAUGAUGAUGAAUUCGGAAGUAGGUUAAAUGAUAAUCUAGCUCUUUUAGAUGAUAUGUAUUUAUUAAAUACUGGCCAUUUAAAUCUACUAAAUAUUUUAAAUGACAAUGAAAGUCUACCUCAGACUACAGAAUUGUAAAUUAUCUUGGAUUUAAUUUGUUCAUUUGUUCACACAUGUGUAAAAAUCAUAUUUUUUUUUAUUUUAUAAUUUAUUUCUGCCAUGUUGACGAUAAAAUCAAUAUAAACUUUUAUUUCAUGGCAUUUUGACGAUAUAAUUAAUGUGAGCAAUAUUAAUUUAAUAACAAUUACUUAUUUCUUGUGACAUAUUCAUGUUUGCGAACACAAAUAAUCUAAUAUUAUACAAGAUGUUUCAAGAAAUACUAAGUAAUUAAAAAAAGAAUUUUGUUAUUAAUAAGUAAACUAGGACAUAUGUUAAACACGUUUGUAUUUAUUUAUACAUACCUAUAAAAAUAAAUAUUUAAAAUAAAAUUAAAUAACGUUAAUAUUAACUUAUCAUAAAUUUAUUUCAUUAGACAAGUAGAACAUUUUGUAUACGAUUUUAGAUUAUUUGCUACACUUAUUUUACAUAACAUGCACAAUUGUCUUGUGCAUUAAAGGUAUAAAAAUUACGAUCAAUGUUUUCUUGCGUUUAUUUCAUAGAUUAAAAGUUACAAUGUAUAAAUAAAAAGAAAAUUGUUUCUCAUAAAAAUAAAUAUAAGAAAGUUAAAUAUGCUUCACUGUAUCCCCAUUUUCUUGUGUACAUACCCUAUUUUACUUAUAACACAUAUUAAUCAUUGCAUUAACUACAUGUAAUAAUAAAAUUA